AUGGUGGACGUAAAUCAGCUUACCAAUGAAGAGAUUCGAGACCAACUUAGGAUACAUGGCUGUGAUCCUGGACCUGUCGUUGGGAGUACUAGAAAUGUCUAUGCAAAUAAGUUACGGCGUUUGCUAGGAGAAUCAGAUGUUGCAGUGCCACCUCAGAAAGCAGCAUCUGAUGCUGCAGGAACUGGCACUUUUAAAUCUUCACCAAAACGUGGAGAUAUAUCGCACAGUCCACAAAAGUCACGCUCACCAGUGCGUGCUACGCGUUCUUCAGCUCAAGAAAUAUCCAAUCUAUCAAAGGUUCAAAAUACACCGCUGAAUUCCAAGAUAUCGCGUGCGUCAUCGAAAACUACGGAUGUUUCUUCAGUGAACUCACAUAUAAUUUCCGAUUCUAAGCAGUCAUCACCGAAGACACCUGUUAUUCAACCAUCUGUUCCUACUCCUCCGAAAUCCCAUCCAGAUCUCGAAUUCGGAACUUAUACGAAAGUAAGCACAGUUCAAGAAUCCAACCGUCUGCCAUCAAAAGCAAGCAUGACUUCUGAGUCUCUGGAUUCAAUCUCAAGUUCUUUCAAAGUACCCAAGCCUUAUCCAUUUGAAACAGUACCGAAAGUUUACCGCACUACACCUACAACACGUUUUACAUCCUUGCGAGAUAAUUGGGGGGAUGGAAAAAUUAGCGAUGGUUCAGAUGAUGAUUUACGUGGUGAAGAAAGUUCACGUACUUUGUUGCCUAGUUGGAAAGAGGAUCAUACGUAUUCGGCUCGAUACGAUUCAAAACAGAGCCCAAUGGUACAACGUUGUCUAAAUGAGAAUUCUACUGCUCACUAUAGUCAAGCGCCACAUUACAAUUCAGGAACAGUAUUUGAAAAUUCUUACAAUGGUUACAGAAAUCAACGCAGUGGUUUGCUGGAUAAGGAAAAAACAUCGCAAAGCUAUGGAAAAAUCGGUUUCGCUCUUCUUUUCAUUAUUACAUCAGCAAUUUUUGUGUUCUUCGUCGUGCAAAACUAUGUCGAACUAGAACGUGGCGAAGGUAACAAAGAAGAAUUUUAA